AUGGACGGCGUCUUUGAGAACGCAGAGGUCAUUGGAAUCGAUCCGAGUCCCAUCCAGCCGGAAUGGGUCCUUCCCAACGUCAAAUUCGAAAUCGACAUUGUCGAGAGCCCACGAGUCCACGAGAGGAAAUACAACCUAAUCAUGUGCCGGUACAUGGUCGCUUCUAUCAAGAACUGGCCCGGUCUGAUCAAGAAUAUUUUCGACCGCCUGAGCCUCGGAGGCUGGGUCGAGUCCCAAGACGUAAACACAGAACUCUACUCGGACAACGACACCUUCAACAACGACUUUGCCACGGCGCAGUGGGUAGACGGCUUCGCAAAGGCGUGCAAGGGCAUGCGGCCUCUCGUGCAAGCUGUUUCCGAGCUGCUGGGCCAGAGGCUGGAGGAGAUUUUGGUGGAGCUCGCGGCUGUGCUGAGGGAGUCGAAAACGGGUGUUUUGGGGGCUGCCAUGCUUAAUACGUGA